CACAGGCGCGCCUGGCUGGAGGAAGGAGUGAAUGAUGGAGUAACACUGCUACACCUAUAUCGCGGCUUAAACUGCUAUUGAACCACGAGGCGGACACAAACACGCACACACACACACACCCAUACACAAACAACAAACCGAAACACUGAUCCGGAGAGUCAGAGAGUUGAUGGUCGAGACGCAAAUGGAAAGCAGGAGGAUUUUCUGGUAACUUGAUACUUUGUUUUUUUUGUUGUUUGUUGUUCAUACAGUUUAUUCUCCACAUUAGGAGUCGUGUUUUGGUGUUCGUUUGCUGUAUGUGAGGGUUCUGGACCUUCUAUUAGGGGGGGGGAUUUCUUGAGAAGUUAAGAAGGACUUCUUGAAGAGGAAAACGAAGAAGAAGAAGAAGAAGAAGAAGAAGAAGAAGAAGAAGAAGAAGAAGAAGAAGAAGAAGAAGAAGAAGAAGAAGAAGAAGAAGAAGAAGAAGACUCCGGGAUCUCCGGGGCAAUCUAUGUGUACUGACGUACGGCACAGGUGUGCGUCCUCCUGGUCCAAACACUUCCCCGACGUCCUCGUGCACCGGACCUCCGGCAUGGAGAAAUCAAAGAACUUCCGAAUCGACGCAUUGCUUGCAGACGAAACCCACCGGAACCACCGGAACGCGCACCGGGACCUGCACCGAGACCUGCAUCGGGACCUGCACCAGGACCCGCACCGGGAACCGCAUCGGGACUCGCACCGGGACAACCUGUCCCCUCCGGUCAGCGACAACAGCCCCUCCAGCAGCCCCGUGUCGUGUCGGCGCGGGGACACCCCGUCUCCCCGCGGGACGCACGCGCAGGCGCAACUCCAGACCGGCUUAUUCCCCAAACAGGGUCUGCUUAACAUGCCACAUCACCCGGGCCUCGCGUCGCUCCACCACAGCGGGAUCGCCAGCAUGUACACGAGCCCCAUGUACCCGCUGUCCGCCCUGGCCGCGCAGCACCCGGCCUUCGCCUACACCGGCUUCUCCCAGCUCAGCCAGCCGUACCCCGAGCACCUGAAGGCGGCCGCCAUGGCUGGGUCCCUACCGCUGGAGCACUGGAUCCGGGCGGGCAUCAUGAUGCCGCGGCUCCAGGACUACAGCUCCCCCCAGGCCGGCCUGCUGGGGAAAUGCCGCCGGCCACGGACCGCCUUCACCAGCCAGCAGCUGUUGGAGCUGGAGAACCAGUUCAAGCUGAACAAGUACCUGUCCAGGCCCAAGCGCUUCGAGGUGGCCACCUCCCUCAUGCUCACUGAGACGCAGGUGAAGAUCUGGUUCCAGAACCGGCGAAUGAAGUGGAAGCGCAGCCGUAAGGCCAAGGAGCAGGCGGCGGCCUCGGGCCAGCCCGAGUCGGAGCGCCUUCGGGGGGGGAAGCAGGGCGCGGUCGACAAGUCGGAGCCCGGCUCCCGGCCCGCCACCUCCGACGACCGGGACGACGACCUGGAGCUGGAGGAGGGCGAGGAGGACGAGGACGAGGACGACAUGGACGACAUGGACGACAUGGAGGACAGCCAGUGCAACGCUUUCCCCGUUGGCAUGGGCGACGCUAGGCGCGCGGGGCUGCCCCGCCCCCGUCGCCACAGACUUCCUCCCUUACAACCCGCACAGCCCCUUCUCCGAGGACGGGCUGGACGGCGUUCCCGUCGGGGGGGACCGCAAGAUCAAAGCAGGACUCUGAGGGACGGGGGGGGGGCGUCGACGCCACACCAUCCCCCCGUCCCCGUCCCCGUCCCCGUCCCCGAACCCGGGACGGGGCGCGGUGAGGCUGGGACUGCGCGUGAUAAGCACUGAUGGAACAGAACUGAGCAGAGAACUUGGAACAGGGGUCAAGGUCAUUCCAAGGAGGCCUCAUGUGUGCCUGUGAAAUGAAACUGAAACUGAAACAAUGACAAGGACAACAACAAACCCAGAUUUGAUCUAUUUCCAUCCUCUGGAAGACAUCGAUUUGUACGCUAUUGUUGCGAAGUGGACGUUUUGUGCAAAAUUACUGAAGGAAAGAGGUGAUGGAUAUAAGUCUCAACACACACACACACAUAUGUAAACACACAUAUGAACACUCACACCCACACACACACACACACACACACAAACACACACAGGCACGCAUAUAAACACACACACACAUAUAAAUGGAUACAAAAGCACUGACAGACACAUACAAACACGUACACACACACAUACACACACACACAUACAUACAUACAUAGGCCUACAUACAUACACACACACACACACACACACACACACACACAAAUGUAUACAAAAGCACUGACAGUACUGACAUGUACAACGUAAAUACGCAUGAAAAACCGACACAAAUAGAAAAACAAAGACACACGCAGGCACUGUCCAACUGUAAAUUCCUUUGCAUGCCAAGCGAUCAUUGCGUCUCUCUUUAUUACAAUGCUAGGUCUAACCCCAAUGACCUUAUAUGUUCAAUCCGGUCUUAAAUUCGCCCACUGGCCGGAGAUUGACGGACGAAGUUCCGCACCCCGCGUCUAAAGGAUUGAAGAACGUGAAGGGAACCCAGACUGUAUAAAUAAUGUAAAAUUUAUGAUGCAUUCAGAUUGAGACAGCUUGAGAAUGUAGUUUAUUUCGGUCUCGGAGUGGAUCGUGCUGGACACAAAAUAUCUAUAUUAUCGGCCUACUUGAAAAUCGUUGUGGUGGUGACUUUGUUUAUUGUGUUUUUUCGGUCUUGUUACUUAUAGCCUAAAUAUAAAUGCAUCUAAUUUAUUCGAAGUGGAGAGUUGAUCGCCCAGAUAAAUAGUCCGGUCCGUGUAUUUAUCUGAAACAUGUUUGUGGUGUACAACUGUGACAUAAAAUAAGGUUAAAAAAAAAGAAAAGAAAAAACGUGUGAAAUAAAACUAAGGAAGAAAAAUUGAAGGAGAUGUCAAUGUCCUUGUUUGUGAUUGGCUGUUAUUCCUACAAAACAAGGUUGCGUCACCUCCAUCACAUGCAUUUAUCAAUCCCUUCAAGAUAUGCCAUGACCUUUUCCAUCUGCAGUCUGACACCCUACUAUGAUAAUUAAAACAAUGUAUAAAUUAUUUGUUAAUUACUGAUUACAUCCAAAAAAACAUUAAACCACCUUUAAACUAU